AUGGAUGAAACGCACCCCCCAGCGACAACCAAUAUCGAUCUGCCACACGAAAUUCAGCGUCUAAUUUUUGAGAUGGCUGCGAGGAGCCACCGCGGAGCUGGCUUCAAUCUGAUACAGGUCGCUCAUUUUGUAUACACCUGGAUAGAACCAAUUCUUUACGAACGCAUUGAAAUUCUCGGCUCCAGCGUUGCUCCAUCCCUUCUUCGGGCAAUUAGGAUGAAAGAUCCUGCAUUUCUUCACUCCACCGUCAGAGCGCUGGCGAUCUCUGGCGACGUGGAUCUCAAAUACGUGAAACCCAUCUUUGCCGCGUCUCGAGGCAUAGUUAGCUUUUCACCAUGGGGCAUUGCGGUGAACCCCUUAAUAUACCUUCCCUUCAUCCGCUCUCCAUACCUACGCCGUUUGGCGUUGAUUUCUGGUCCCCCACAUGACAGCGCUUUUAAUAUCCCCACGGAAAUGCUCACCAAGCUGACACAUGUCGUAGUUGUCUCAAACUUUUCUUGGACUUCUUGGAUCGACCUCGACAGGGCUCUUAACCUCAAAUCAACUGCUAGUUCAGCACCGGUAGCCUCACUGACAGCUACUCCCACAACACUUGCCUCGUUUGCUGCCUUCCAGAACUUGACACAUUUUGCGGUUGCGCAGAGAUACUGGCCACACAUUUCGAACAUCCGAGAAGUCGCUCAAAAGCUACGCUAUUUUGUGAUUUUGAGUCAAUCGGAUGCCCUCGUUCACCGCGAUAUCAUCAUGCGAGCAGUCCUGUCACUGAAUGACCGUCGGCUUGUGGUUGUAAACAUGAAACAUUUCUGGGAUUGGCCACAAGGAGACUCCCGAUUUGUGACAACAUUCUGGGACAAGGUGGAAACCCUUGUUUCGGGUGGUUUCAUUUCCGACCAGGGUGAUAGAUGGCCCACGAGAUACGAAAGGGCCUGA